AUGGAGUGCUCGGAACGGGGACACGUAUAUGUCUCUCGUCGGUCACGUGUAAAGACAACAGUGCGUAGAGCCGCUCUUCUUUUGAUAUUAAUAGUCCUCUUGUUCUGGAUUCAAUUAAGGGACACUUCUCAGACUUCUGAGGAUGAAAAUGUUGUACAAGGACAUAAUAUAGAUGUUAGUGUUUCUCAUUCAACACCUGUGCAUCUGACAGUCUCACCGCCGACCUUAUCUGGUUCUGGUGUUUCAGGGACACAACCUGUUGCUACUCCCCCAAUUACUAGUACUUCUCCUAGUGAUGCUCCUGUUGAAGUCAUUGUACAUAAUAAUCCUGGUACCAUUCAUGGAGCUACCUUUGCAAACAGUGGUCAUGAUGGUGGUCCCUUUAUUACAUCACUUAAUCGUCUUGGAUAUUGUCAUUAUGAAGUUCAUAAUUUUUGUGUUGAACGAGGUACUUUAGUGUUUUUCCAUGAUGCUAAACAAUCAUCCCAUCGGUUUAAAGGAGGUAUGCGUGCAUGCAAUGAAUUCUCUCGACAUAGUCCAUCUAUUUAUAUAAAGUACUGGUCAAAUCCACUUCCAAAUGACACUACAACGGUACUUCCAGGACCUCUUAACACCAUCACCAAAGGAUGGAUUCUUCAGUUUUGGUGUCAGGAUCUCUUUCAUAUGACACUUUCACUUCUUCCAGCUUUUCAAACCAAAGAUGCGGUUGGGCAAUCUGAUGCUGAUGUGUACAUUAGGAUAGCAAAAGGAAGAAGACAUAAAGGUGGUUACUGUAACGUAAAGCUUGGUAAUCCACUAAAUUUUGAAGAUACACACAAUACAAAAUAUGGACAAGAUCGACAGUUUCCUUUUGCAGGAAACCCAUAUUGGCCAUUUUACCGUAUUUUAACUAAUCAUCCAGAGAAAAUUCAUCCCUUAGUCUCUGGACAAAGUGUGCAAACAGCAUGUUAUAGACAUGGAAUAAUAGAUAAACGGUAUAUUAAAGAUAUGAUGGGAGCAGAGGCACGUAACUAUAGUGCUAGUAUUCUUGAUUUAUUAGGUGUUCCUCCUGGAAAUCCACUACCUUGUGGGAAAAAGUAUCGUGUAACAAUUAUUGAUAGACGAGGUCGUACACGUCGACUGACGAAUAUACCUGCUAUUGUUGAACUAGCGCAUAAAAUGGGAUUUGAAGCCCAUUCCGUAGCUUUUGAAACACUUCCUAUUCGAGAACAAUUACGUGUUAUCACGUUAACGGAUGUGUUGUUAGGUGUUCAUGGAAAUGGACUUAUGUGGCUUCAAUUUCUUCCACCGGGUUCUGUUGUGAUCGAGUUGGUUGGAGUGUGGUAUACACCGUAUGCACUUCUGUGGGGUCACACCUAUUUACAUUCCAUGAUGCGAAACAAUCCAGAGUACAAACGAUUGUGUGAAUAUCAUCCAUUUGCACAUAACUUAACGGAAAUUCAAGAGCUGCUCGAGCAGGCAAAAACGGCGUUGGAUCAAAGUAGAUGCGGUAAAACACCAUUUGAAUCGCCUAAUAAAAGGCUUGGAGAUUUAUAUGGCAGCUGUGCCCCACACUGUUAG